AUGAAAAAUUGGACAAAUAACCUAGUAGAAGAAGUAAACUUUAGCUAUCCUUCCUUUAAAGAAAAAUUGUUGGAAGACAUAAGAAGUAAAAAUUUGAAACCUGGAGAUAUCACUACAUAUUUUAUAAAGAAAGAGAAAAUAAUUUGCGUUUUUACCAGCCAAACAUCAUACUGGACAUCAUUAGAAAAAGCCUUUAUUAAUAUUAAAAAUGUUAUUAAAAGCUAUAGGUGUAUCGCUUAUCAAUGUGGACCAAUCAAUGAAGCUGAUGAUUGCAAACACGAAAAACAGAUGGUGAUGAUACUACGUUCGAUAAUGUAUGGUUCUGAACUAUGGUUAUGUGGCAAUACGCAACAAACCACAGAUAAAGAAAUAUUCGAUUACUACUACAGAAAUUUAACGAACAAUGCUAAACUAUCGUUUAGACCAAUAGACAACCACAGACAGAAAUCCGGUGACCCGAGUUCUCAUAAUAAACAAUCAAAUAAUAAAAUUUGGAGACGUACGUUAUCCAAAAAAACAUCCGCAAAGAAAAUAGUGCAUAUGGAUGUCACGUCAAAUGUAUAUAAUGUUCUACACAAAAAAUGUUCUUGUCUUAUAUACCUUGGCAAUCAGCGAAAUAUAAAAAAAUUAUAA